AUGCCGACCUGCACAGUCAUAGCCAACACCACGGCCUCCACGACCAAACCUUCGGAACCCUCCAGCAUCAAAGCCGCCAAAACCUUCACAGGCGACGUUUGGCAAGACAAAGUCCACCAGGAUCCCGCAACAGGCUUCAACGUCAACCACGUCACCUUUCUUCCCGGUGCUCGCACCUACUGGCACACGCACGAGGGCGGCCAGAUCCUGGAAGUGAAGGCGGGCUCUGGAUGGGUAUGUGAUUCGGGAGAGAAGCCAAGGCGGAUCAGGACAGGUGAUAUUGUGGUGUGUCCGGCGGGGACGAGGCACUGGCAUGGGGCGGAUGAUGGUAGUAUGAUGAUGCAUUUGGCGAUCAGUUUGGGGAAGACGAGUUGGGAGGAGGAGGUGCCGGCGGAGGGGUAUGAGGGGAGGGGAGAGAAGACGAUGACGGGAAAGGGGAGUGGCUGA